AUGUCCGGCAGGGGCAAGGGCGGCAAGGGGCUCGGCAAGGGCGGCGCCAAGCGGCACCGCAAGGUGCUGCGCGACAACAUCCAGGGCAUCACCAAGCCGGCCAUCCGGCGGCUGGCGCGGCGCGGCGGCGUGAAGCGCAUCUCGGGGCUCAUCUACGAGGAGACGCGCGGCGUGCUCAAGGUCUUCCUGGAGAACGUGAUCCGCGACGCCGUCACCUACACGGAGCACGCCAAGCGCAAGACGGUCACGGCCAUGGACGUGGUGUACGCGCUCAAGCGCCAGGGACGCACCCUCUACGGCUUCGGCGUAACGGCCACCGAUGCCAGCCAAUCAAGAAGCCGCGCACUCCAUAAAAGCCGCCGCCGCUACAGGCAGCGCUCAUUCGCGGGCGUCCCUCCUGAGGAGCGGCAGYCGCAGCGCGGAGCACCCGGGACCAUGGCGCGCACGAAGCAGACGGCGCGUAAGUCGACGGGCGGGAAGGCGCCGCGCAAGCAGCUGGCCACCAAGGCGGCCCGCAAGAGCGCGCCGGCCACGGGCGGCGUGAAGAAGCCGCACCGCUACCGGCCCGGCACGGUGGCGCUGCGCGAGAUCCGGCGCUACCAGAAGUCGACGGAGCUGCUGAUCCGCAAGCUGCCCUUCCAGCGGCUGGUGCGCGAGAUCGCGCAGGACUUCAAGACGGACCUGCGCUUCCAGAGCUCGGCCGUGAUGGCGCUGCAGGAGGCGAGCGAGGCCUACCUGGUGGGGCUCUUCGAGGACACCAACCUGUGCGCCAUCCACGCCAAGCGCGUCACCAUCAUGCCCAAGGACAUCCAGCUGGCGCGCCGCAUCCGCGGAGAGCGCGCCUGARCCUYCUGCCCCCGCCCGUUUCACCUCGAGCUCCAUCCCACUAUCCUAAAGGCUCUUUUMAGAGCCACCACGUUAUCACUGUGAGAGCUGUCACACUGGCCGGAUUUGGUUAUCGAGUGCAAGAGUGAAUCUCUGAAAAUACCUGAAAGGGCUUUUCAGAUAUAAUUUAAAAAUGUUAUUUACUCCCAACAUUUUCAGGAGGAAGUUCAGUUUCUCUUAGUGAGCUUGUGAAAAAAWUUUAUGCCAUAAAGAGGUAAUUUGUUAACAAAUUUUGAAAAUAGGUUUUCGUGAAGGUGAUAUAAUAUGGUCUGUAGAGGCCAUAAUCAAUUAAAAACAAAUUUUAUGGAAAUUUACUAAUUUGGAAAUGCUUCUUUACACACUGACAU